AUGUCUUCAUUUCUCGAAUUAGCUCAGAAGUUUAAUAAUUUUUAUUUAAACAAUAUAAAACAAGAAAAAUGUUAUGCAUUCAUCGUGAAUGGUUUCCAAGUAGGUUUGGUUCAAGAAUCAAUUAUUUCAGAAUUGAGUCGUUACCCAAAUAUAUUUAUUAUUAACAACAAAAACAUAGUACUUAACCCUAUUUUUAAAAAUUACGAAGAGAGGUCUACUCAAGUAGAAAAAGUCCUUCGUGACAUGAAAGAAAAAAGACUAUUUGUUACUCUAAAGGGAUGGAGAGAUGAGUGCUAUGAAGUACGACUAAUGUUUGGAGAUCAACCACAACUGAAAAUGGAUCGUUCUGCAACUUGUUUAUUUGGCAUUUGCAAUUAUGGUGUCGAUAUUAAUGGUUUUGUGAAGCACCCUACAAAAGGUUUGUGUAUAUGGCUUCAACAAAGAUCGUUCACUAAACAGACCUGGCCUGGUAAAUGGAACAAUAUGGUUGCUGGAGGUUUGUCAGUGGGGAAUAGUGUGCUUGAAACUGCUUAUAAAGAAGGAGAAGAAGAAGCAUCACUAUCAUCAGAUCUAUUAAAAAAUUUAAAAUCUACUGGUACCGUGUCGUUUUUUUAUGAAAGUGAAAGAGGGUUAUUUCCUGAUACAGAAUUUGUGUUUGAUUUAGAAUUGCCAAUAGAUUUUAUUCCUUUUAACAGAGAUAAUGAAGUAGAAAAGUUUGAACUAUUAACCAUUGAUGAAACUAUUACCAAAUUAUUAUCUUCUGACUUUAAGACAACCAGUUGUCCUGUAGUUCUAGAUUUUUUGGUAAGACACGCAAUAAUUACACCGGAAAAUGAAAAAAGCUUUCCAGAGUUGGUUGAAUUAUUACAUGUCCCUCUCCAAUUAUUUUAUUCAAAGAAAGAUAUUGAAUUAACUAAAAGUGGCUAA